UGAAAACAAAAAACAGAAGAGAGCUAUGACUAUCGGAAUUUGGCAGAGAUCUUCUCCUACUGAGGGCGAAUUUUUUUGGGUAAGGAUGAUUUAUUUUUGCACUCAUCUUUCUUGUCACUCCCGCCUUUAAUGGAUCUUCAAGCAACAGUUGGCCAAACCGGGGUCGCCUGGAGCUGCAGCGGUGGCGGCUACGGAAUGCAGUUUGAGUUACGGGUUCCCCGAUCAAGCGACGAGGUAUUUGCAAGGCGGGGGAUUUGGAGGUUACAGCGCCGUGAGAGGUGGUAGACAGUGCCAGGUGGAGCAAUCGAUGGUGAGAUCGACGUCGGGCAUGGAUUGCGGCGGGCAGAUCGUCGCCGGAAAGUGGCGCAUUUUGGAAGAGGAAAACUUGUUUUUUUCUUCCUUUUCUAUAUUCUUUUUUAAUUUUUUAACCAAAAAUAAUAUUUUAUUCAUUUUUAACUGUAGAUGGACGGAAUUUUGGAUGGAUGCACGAUUCUGUGAUAUCAUUGGUAUCCGACGUCCUGUAAGUGGUAUGACUCCCCCAAUUCUAAUACUUUAGUGUCACUCGAGGUAUUUUACCCUUUUCCUUUCCUUCAAACUCUCUGUUCUAUUUCCGUUCUUGUUUUAGAAAAAGCUAGGUUUCCAACAAAAUGUGCAAACUGCAAAGGCGGCUAGAAUCAGUAAACCGACGCGGAGUCUCGCGCUUGACUCAAACAAGCAAAAAGUUACGUUCUGUCUUCGGUUUUAUGAGCGACGCUCUUAUUUUGCUCACACACUAGUUUUUCUUCUUCUGGGGUUUCGCCGCUUCCACUUGAAGAAGGGUUUCCACCGCCGCCGUUCGACGGUUCUUUCCGUCUCCCCGCUUAUCUUCCUUCGCUGCACGUCGGCUGGGUAUUGAUUUCUUUCUCUAAUUAAAAAUUAAAUUGACUUAUUGUUCGCCAUGCACUAAUCGCCAUCGACUUGGCAUAUUAUUCCUAGUAGUAUUUGUAUUAGUUAUUCAUUUAGGAGUUAGUUGACUUGCGUUAUGUUUUACUUGUGUUAGUAGGAUAAGGAGAGUAAAGGUCAAGUAAUAUUAGGGUAGCCAUGUUAUUAGGUUUAAGAGUCCAAUUGUAUGUACUUCGGCAUUAGUUCAUGUUAUGGUUGAUCUUGAAAUAAUUUUAUCUUUUUGUAUCGAUUUCUUUUAUAGGAGAAGUUGUAACACAAUUUGCGGUUGUUCUCGCGAGAAGCAAAGGCAGUUGAGGAGCACAUGAUGAAUUGCCAUGCUGGCGCUCUUGCUGUUCCAACAAAUGACAUGGUGGUCACGACACGUCUUCGUAGGCUCGGUGAACCCGUAACACUUUUCGGAGAGAGAGAGAUGGAGAGACGGGAUCGGCUUAGAAUGCUUAUGGCGAAGUUGGACUCUGAAGGGCAGUUGGAGAAGUUGAUGAAAGCCCAUCAUGAACAAGAGGAGGCUGCAUUGACCUCAGGACAAGAUGCUGCUGAGGAAGAAAAGCUUGAAUACCCGUUUUGUACAGAAGGAUCUAGGGAACUCUUUAAGGCCAGAGUCGACAUUGCUAAAUACUCGAGCGUGAGGGCGGCAAGGCGGCUUCAGCGUGCCAGAUUAAAACGUGAGACUCCAUGUGAAGAUGAAGAUGGUGAAAUGAAUGCUUCCUUGAAGCAAGCUGGAAAUUUGGCUCUUGAGUGCAGCGAGUUUGGAGAUGAUCGACCCCUUUCUGGUUGCUCCUUUUCCAAGGAUGGAGAAUUUUUGGCCACAUGUUCAUUAACUGGAGUUGCGAAAGUGUGGAAAGCACCUCAUAUAAGCAGUAGAGUUUCUACCUUGAAGGCCCACACGGAACGGCUAACUGAUGUGGCAUUCUCUCCCGUCAGCAACAACUGCUUGGCCACUGCAUCAGCCGAUCGAACUGCGAAACUGUGGGACAGUGAUGGAACACUAGUGCGAACAUUCGAGGGUCACUUGGAUCGUCUUGCUCGCAUCGGUUUUCAUCCAUCCGGAAAAUACAUCGGCACAGCAAGCUUUGACAAGACAUGGAGAUUGUGGGACGUCGAAACUGGGGUGGAACUGCUCCUUCAAGAAGGUCACAGCAGGAGUGUCUAUGGGAUCGCCUUCCAUCACGAUGGAUCGUUGGUGGGAUCUUGUGGGCUCGACUCGCUUGCUCGUGUGUGGGAUCUUCGCACGGGGAGAAGCGUUCUAGCCUGGGAAGGCCACAUCAAGCCGGUUCUCAGUAUGAGCUUUUCUCCCAAUGGCUAUCAUCUGGCUACAGGAGGUGAAGAUAAUACUUGUCGAAUAUGGGAUUUGAGGAAGAGAAGGUCGAUCUACGUGAUUCCAGCGCACUCGAAUCUCGUAUCGAAUGUGAAGUUUGAGCCUCGAGAAGGGUAUUACUUGGUCACUGCGUCAUAUGACACGACUGCAAAGGUCUGGUCAGGAAAGGAUUUCACUCAUGUGAAGACGUUGUCAGGCCAUGAGUCCAAAGUUACGUCGUUGGAUGUUACUUCAGAUGGAGAAUGUAUUGCAACAGUGUCGCAUGAUCGAACCAUCAAGCUGUGGUCCAGUAGGAGCUGUGACAAAGAGGGCAUGGACGUAGACUGAGCUGGGCGAUACAUGUUUGUGGAUUGAAGAUCUUGGAUCCUAAUUGAAGUUCUUUUGGAAUUGUUAAUCUCACACCUUGAGACUUGCCGAUGAUAAGUUGACAAGGAGACCGAGGUUAAUCACUGUUAUUGAAGAUGAGCAAUUUUACACCUUUGUUUUUGGCAGAGAUUAAAAAAUAACUAGCUUU